AUGUUUAUUGCUUUCCGAUUUAUUGCUGGGGCCGGGUCAGGAUUGAUACAAGUCUGCCCGGUUUAUAGCGCGGAACUGGCCCCUCCCCACUGGCGAGGGUUCUUCGUGGGCAUGAACGGCAUGCUCAUCGCCACGGGCUAUGCCUUUGCCGCCUACAUGGGAUUGGCUUUCAACUCGAUCAAGGACAAUCCCGAAGCGCAAUGGCGCGGCCCGUUGGGCAUGGCCGUCCUCUUCCCAGCGUUCAUGCUUGUGAUCCUCCCUUUUAUUCCCGAAUCGCCACGGUGGCUGUUGAUGAAAGACAACCCUGACAAGGCGUGGGUCGUUGUGAACGAUCUACACCAUGCGCACACCGACGCCGGCCACGAGUUCGCACGCCGCGAGUUCUAUCAGAUCCGGAAGCAGAUUGAAAUGGACCGCACGCUCGACAACUCCUGGGGGCACAUGUUCAAGAAGCCAUCAUACCGCAAGCGAAGCCUGCUGGCCAUCGGAUACGCUUUUCUCGGAGAGAGCACGGCGGUGCUGGUCAUUACAAACUACGCGUCUAUACUGUACAAGCAGCUGGGAUACAACAGCCACCAGCAGAUCUGUCUGCAAGCCGGGUACCACACGGUCCCUAUCCUCGGGAAUCUCGUUGGAGCGCUACUCAUCGACAGGAUCGGCCGGCGUCCACUGAUGCUGGCGGGGCUUGGGGGCUGCGCGGUAAUGCUGUCGAUCGAAGCGGCGAUCGUCGCGACGUUCACGGGAGAGGGAAAGGUGCACAAUACGGCGGGGCUGAAUAUGGGCGUGGCGGCGCUAUACAUGUUCAUCUUCAUGUACGCUAUUGGCGUCGACGUGGCCGGGAUCGUCUUCUUCGGAGAGAUGUUUCCCAAUCACAUCCGCGGCAAGGGUUUCUCGCUCACCGUGGCCACAAAGGCCCUCACCGACCUGGUGUACCUGGAAGCUGCCUCCACGGCCUUUGCCAACAUCGGCUGGCGCUUUUUCCUGCUAUUCAUCAGCAUCACCACCGUCGGCUUCGUCGUCAUGUGGAUCUACCUACCAGAAACCAAAGGUCUUCCGCUCGAGGAGGUUGCCGCCAUCUUUGGCGACCAGGACGAGGUCAUGCUCUAUCUCAAGGACAUCAAGGUAGACCACGGCUCCGAUAAACUCGAGAUCCACCACUUCGAGGACGGGAACGAAAUCCACAGGGUGGCCACGGAGGCGGCUCCAAAGCCGAUGACGACGCUGAAAGACGUGUGA